ACCGGGAAUUAUUCUCCUUGGCGUCCGGCAUUCCAUUUUAACUCUCCAUUUCGGUCCUUACAAUGGACCGUUGCUACUGCUUACAGUGCUGAAGCUGAAGCUCUCUCUCGCGAAUGUCUUCCAACCUGGAUUCGUUCAUCAAGUCCUCCAGGCCUCCACCACGAUCCCUAGCGACCUCGCAAGAAAUCAGAGAUCGCGGGUCCAUUUUUAUCGGUAACAUCUUUCGAGCCACAUCUCCUGAUGAAGCCCGAAAAGCAGUCGCGUAUCUCAAGGACGUCAUCCAUGCGAAGAGGAGAGCAACGCACGAGAUCGCUGCUUGGAGAUGCAUGGCCUUGAAGGCUAACAAGACAGGCUUGGGAGGACCUGACGAUUUCGAGGUGACCUCAGGAAGCGAUGAUGAUGGCGAGAAGUACGCUGGUGGACGCGUUCUGAAGGUGAUGCAAGCCGAAGGGGUACUAGAUGCUGUUGUGGUCGUCAGUCGAUGGUAUGGCGGCGAGAUGCUUGGACCUAUCAGGUUCGAGCACAUGGAAACCUGCGCUCGCGAAGUCUGUCGUUCAUUUGCGCUGAAAGAAGAAAUCGAAGACUCCAUCAUCACCCUCACUACACUUGACAGCAUACUGAUAACUCUUCGCGAGGAGUUGGCGCAACUCAGAACCGUUGACCUGUCUUCUCCAGCUGAAGGUGUCCCGCCACCGGCAGAGGACUUGAAGCUCAAGAAAACGCAGGACUACAGCUCAUUACGCGAUACAUUGGAUGUCAAGAAAGCUAAGCGGCUUAUCACUGCGAGGGAGAACUCCAUCAAGAGCGUGAAAGCAUCUCUCGCAAAACUCAAAGAGCAACACGCAAUGCCAGUUGAUGGAAACAAAUCUGACAACUGAAGUGAAUGUUCGUGUGCACUACGCGAGCCCACUCAGAAAUCGACCAGUCUUGGCCGUAAAUUGCCAGUUCAGGCAGCAAGCCUCGGAGACACUACGAAUCACAGUAGGUCAAGAGGAGACUUCCUGCUCUGGAAUGAUAUAAAAGAUUGGUCCGUUCUUCUUCGCUUUUCAUUAUUGCCUAUGCCUACGUUCCUCGCACCUAGCUCUAGGUAUAUUGUGUGACAUGGCUAGACCAAUUUCUGCAGCCUACAUAUAAUUCUAUACAAGAUACCUGAAUUAUCUAUUCAUCGGUCAAUGCGUUGCAUGAGAAAGUGAACCGACCAAUGACCUGGCACUCACUUUGCUUGUAUGUCACAUCUGCUUGCUAGCUACAGUGUAACUUCACACACUCAAGUAUGAUGUUCCAUCGAUAAGGGAGCCGACACCUUCACAAAAUAUACUUGUAAAUAGCAU